AUGCACAUCCUCGUCACCAACGACGACGGCCCGCCGUCCCCCGAGUCGUCACCUUACGUCCACUGCCUCGUGAAACACCUGCAAGAGGCCGGUCAUGUCGUAUCCGUGUGCCUGCCGCACACGCAGCGCUCGUGGAUCGGCAAGGCGCACAUGAUCGGCCAAACACUCACGCCAACCUACUACCGUCCCGGCAAGAACGUCCACGCCGACGAGGCCGACGCCGUGGGCACGACGCACCACCGCCCGGCGCCGAGCGGCGAUGUCGAGGAAUGGGUUCUUGUCGACGGCACGCCCGCAUCGUGCGUCCAGAUCGGCCUGUACCACUUCUUCCAGGACCGCGGGCCCAUCGAUCUCGUCGUCAGCGGGCCUAACUAUGGCCGCAACUCGACGUCCGUCUUCGCUCUCAGCUCGGGCACCCUCGGCGCCGCCCUCGAGGCCGCCGUCUGCCGCCAAAAGGCCAUUGCCCUGAGCUUCGCUUUCUUCACACGCAACCACGACCCCGUCAUCAUCGAGUCAGCAUGCCGCCACAGUGUGCGCGUCAUCGAGGCUCUGUACCAGCGCUGGCCCACCGACGACAGCGUCGACCUGUACAGUGUCAACGUACCGCUCGUCGAAGACGUCGAGCGCAAUGCCACCAUGUGGGCCGACAUGCUGCAGAACUACUGGAGCGCGGGUAGCUGCUUCGAAGAGGUGGACGCGGACGGCGCCGGCGACGCGGCCGACGAGGAGGCGUCCAUCCGAGAGGGGCCAGGCGGCGAGGCCGACGUCAAGGACGGCACGGACGCGUCUGCCAACGCGAAGAGAGGCCACAAGCACAAGCAUUUCAAGUGGGCGCCGCGUCUGACGCAGCUGCACAAGAGCGUGGACGAGUCAGGGCCCGGCAACGACGGGCGGACCGUUAAGGAGGGCAAGACUUGCAUCACGCCGUUAAAGGCCAACUUCGCCAUGGCCGAGGGUGCGUUCAGUAGAAAGGAGUUUGUGCUGCCUCCCUUGGCAGCGGCGACGUCGCAGCAGGACCUUCCCGUGCGGACCAAGAACCCGGCCGUUGACGGGUCAUCGCCACCCUUGAUACGCGCCAUUGUGGCCUACGAAGACCCCUAUGUCCAACCCCUCAUCCUGUCCGCGCUGAGGAGCCUCGGGCUGGGAGACAAGCUCGACCUCGUCACGGAGCUGCCCUCGACCGGCGACGACGGCGUGUCCCUCGCCAGCCUUCUCCCAGCAUCAGACACCAGAACGCUACAGAUCACGCCCUAUGAAGCCAUCGACUUUGAGUUCGCGGCGUCCCACCCGCAGACGUGCCUCGUCAACAGCUACAUGAUUCGCAAGGCGCUCAUCCGGAAACACUACCUGUCAUCGACCGUGGACCACUGGGCGGCCAAGAACCCGUCGUCGGUCCUGCGGCGGCACGUUCAGCGCAGCGAGGCUUUCGAGGUCGACUACGCCGAGUUCCUCGACGACGUGCUCGUCGAGGCGUUCGACCUGCGCGAGAGCAUGGCCCGCAACGACGAGGCCCCGGCCGACGACAACCCUGCGGCGCGCGAGUGGUGGAUCCUCAAGCCGGGCAUGAGCGACCGCGGGCAGGGAGUCCGGCUGUUUAGCACCAUGGAGGAGCUGCAGGGCAUCUUUGACGGGUGGGAGGCGGAGCGGCCGGACAGCGACGACGAGGGCGACGACGACGACGACGAUGCUGAUGGCGAUGGCGAGGAGAAUGAGGGAGCUGGGAGAGGCGACGGCGACUACAUCACGACAUCGCACCUGCGGCACUUUGUUGCGCAGCCGUACGUGCACCCGCCGCUGCUGCUGCCCUCGGAGCCGGAGCCGCGCAAGUUUCACAUCCGCACGUACGUGCUCGCUACUGGCAGCCUGCGCGUACACGUUUACCGGCACAUGCUAGCCCUCUUCGCCGCGAAGCCGUACCGCGCGCCGUGGGAGCACUCGCCCACGGACAUAGACUCGUACCUCACCAACACGUGCCUGCAAGAGCAGCAGCAGCAGCAGCAGUCGGGGGCAUCACCCUCCUCCCCCCCGAUAGACGCCAACGGCACCUCGUUGACGCUCCGCAACACGGUCCAGCGGUUCUGGUCCCUGCCGCUGGAGCGCGCCACGCUCGACGACAUCUUCACGCAGAUCUGCGCCUCGACGGGGGAGCUGUUCGAAGCGGCGGCGCGGGCCAUGCCGGUGCACUUCCAGACGCUGCCCAACGCCUUUGAGGUGUUUGGGCUGGACUUCCUUGUUGACGCCGCGGGCCACGCAUGGCUGCUCGAGGUGAAUGCGUUUCCGGACUUUAAGCAGACGGGCGGUGACCUGAGCAGCCUGGUGGAGGGGUUCUGGAGGGGAGUGGCGAGGGAGGCGGUUGCGCCGUUCUUUGGCGUUGAGGGGUCUGUUGCGGCGGAGGCGGGGGAUGGUGAGAGGGCGGAUAUGGUGUUGGUGAAGGACGUUGAUCUGGGGAGGCGGUAG